GAAAGUACAAAAGCACCUACUCGGAAAUCCCAAAGUAAAAAGAAGGGCAAAAUAGGAAUCCGAAAAGUCUCCCCCACCAGCUUCCACCUGCAACCUGUAGUUAAAAGAAUUGCUGUCUCGCCCAUCUCCUUCGGAAGAAAGUCUCUCGUCCUCUCUUCCUCUCUCUCUCUGUCUCUCUCUCCUUUGUUUACUCUUAUCUUUAUAUUUGUGCUUCGCUUUUCCUCUGCUCUGGGGUACCCUCCAAUGGCGCCGAGUCUGAGAGACCUCCAGCUCACCCGGGUAGCCGGCGAAGACUCCGGUGAUCUCGAGGACGUACGGCUGCUAGAUUCCUAUGAGGACGGAGAUAGCUUCAGUAGAAUCGAAGAGGGGAUGAGGACGGUUCAGGUCAGAGUCUCAGGGAUGACCUGCGCUGCUUGCUCCAAUUCCGUUGAGGCAGCUUUGAAAAGCGUCAAUGGGGUUUUGAGGGCCUCCGUGGCCUUGCUCCAGAACAGGGCUGAUGUGGUUUUUGAUUCUAGUUUGGUUAAGGAUGAAGACAUUAAGAAUGCAAUAGAGGAUGCGGGCUUUGAAGCAGAGAUUCUAGCUGAACCUAGUAAUUCUGGAACAAAACCACAUGGAACCUUGUUGGGGCAGUUCACAAUCGGAGGUAUGACAUGUGCAGCUUGUGUAAAUUCUGUUGAAGGUAUUUUAAGAAAUCUUCCUGGUGUCAAAAGGGCAGCAGUCGCCUUGGCCACUUCCUUAGGAGAAGUUGAGUAUGAUCCUACUGUAAUUAGUAAGGAUGAUAUUGUCAAUGCAAUUGAAGAUGCUGGUUUCGAAGCUGCACUUGUACAGAGCAGUGAGCAGGACAAAAUUAUACUAGGGGUUGCUGGAAUAUACAGUGAGAUGGAUGUACAGCUUUUAGAAGGCAUACUCAGCCACUUUAAAGGAGUGAGACAAUUUCGUUUUGACAGAACAUCACAAGAAGUGGAAGUUAUCUUUGAUCCUGAAGUUGUCAGUUCUAGAUCAGUAUUUGAUGGGAUUGAGGCAGAAAGCAAUGGGAAGUUUAAAUUAAAUGUAAUGAGCCCUUAUGCAAGAAUGACUUCCAAAGAUGUUGAAGAAGCCUCAAAUAUGUUUCGGCUUUUCACCUCCAGUCUGUUCCUCAGUAUUCCUGUCUUUCUCAUAAGGGUUGUUUGUCCUCACAUACCACUGGUGUAUUCCUUAUUGCUUUGGCGAUGUGGACCCUUUCAAAUGGGGGAUUGGUUGAAGUGGGUUUUGGUGAGUCUUGUCCAGUUUGUUGUUGGAAAGCGCUUCUACAUUGCCGCUGCCAGAGCUCUUCGAAAUGGUUCAACUAACAUGGAUGUUUUGGUUGCAUUGGGAACAUCAGCGUCUUACUUCUACUCUGUAUGUGCUCUUCUAUAUGGUGCGGUCACUGGAUUUUGGUCUCCAACAUACUUUGAAACAAGUGCUAUGCUGAUAACAUUUGUAUUGUUGGGGAAGUAUUUGGAGUGUCUUGCCAAAGGAAAAACAUCAGAUGCCAUCAAGAAGUUAGUGGAGCUUGCACCAGCAACAGCAAUGUUGCUUGUCAAAGACAAAGGUGGGAGGUGUAUUGAAGAAAGGGAAAUAGAUGCUUUGCUAAUUCAGCCUGGUGACAUAUUAAAAGUUCUUCCUGGUGCAAAGCUUCCUGCUGAUGGUGUGGUUGUAUGGGGUUCAAGUUAUGUUAACGAGAGUAUGGUAACUGGUGAAUCUGUACCUGUUUCAAAGGAGAUCGAUUCAUCAGUUAUUGGAGGAACAAUAAAUUUACAUGGUGCCCUUCAUGUACAAGCUACAAAAGUAGGGGGUGAUGCAGUUUUAAGCCAGAUAAUUAGUUUGGUUGAGACGGCCCAGAUGUCAAAAGCUCCUAUUCAGAAGUUUGCGGAUUUUGUAGCGAGCAUAUUUGUUCCUACAGUUGUUGCUAUGGCAUUGUUAACAUUAUUGGGUUGGUAUAUUGGUGGAGUCCUUGGAGCUUACCCAGAAGAAUGGCUACCAGCUAAUGGAAAUUACUUUGUAUUUGCCCUCAUGUUUUCGAUAUCAGUUGUGGUUAUUGCAUGUCCCUGCGCUCUUGGAUUGGCAACACCAACUGCUGUAAUGGUUGCAACUGGGGUUGGGGCUAAUAAUGGUGUGUUGAUAAAAGGAGGAGAUGCUUUGGAAAGGGCUCAAAAGAUUAAGUAUGUGAUAUUUGAUAAAACUGGCACCCUAACCCAGGGAAAAGCCACAGUUACAACAGCAAAAGUUUUUGCAGAACUGGAUCGUGGGGAAUUUCUUAGAUUGGUGGCAUCUGCAGAGGCCAGCAGUGAACACCCGUUGGCAAAAGCAAUAGUGGAAUAUGCACGCCACUGCCAUUUCUUUGAUGAACCUUCCACAACCAAGGAUGGCGAUAACAAUAGCAAAGAUUCAAUUUCUGGAUGGCUUUUUGAUGUGUCAGAGUUCUCUGCUCUGCCAGGAAGAGGAGUCCAUUGCUUUAUACAAGGAAAACGUGUCUUGGUUGGUAACCGGAAGCUGAUAACUGAGAGUGGAAUCUCUAUUCCAACCAAUGUCGAAAGGUUUUUAGUAGAGUUGGAAGAAAGUGCCGAGACUGGAAUACUCGUAGCGUAUGACGAUAACUUAUUGGGUGUUUUGGGAGUUGCAGACCCACUAAAGAGAGAAGCUGCCGUGGUUGUGGAGGGUCUUGGGAAGAUGGGUGUCACGACAGUCAUGGUUACAGGAGACAACUGGAGAACAGCUAGGGCUGUUGCAAAGGAGGUUGGCAUUCAAGAUGUUAGGGCAGAGGUGAUGCCGGCCGGCAAAGCUGAUGUGGUCCGAUCAUUCCAGAAAGGUGGUGGCCUGGUUGCAAUGGUGGGUGAUGGGAUCAAUGAUUCCCCUGCUCUAGCUGCUGCUGAUGUUGGUAUGGCUAUUGGGGCCGGGACAGAUAUUGCCAUAGAAGCUGCUGAUUAUGUAUUGAUGAGAAAUAACUUGGAAGAUGUAAUCACAGCCAUUGAUCUGUCGAGGAAGACGUUUUCGCGUAUUCGAUUGAACUAUGUGUUUGCCAUGGGCUACAAUGUGUUUGCUAUCCCAAUUGCCGCCGGGGUUUUGUUUCCAUCUCUAGGGAUUAAGUUACCGCCAUGGGCGGCGGGUGCAUGCAUGGCUCUCUCAUCUGUAACUGUAGUAUGUUCUUCUUUGCUUCUUAGGAGAUAUAGAAAACCCAGAUUGACAACCAUACUAGAAAUAACUAUAGAGUAGAAAGAGAAAAUUGAAAAACUCGAGGUUUUGGCUUCAUAUCAAGAUAAGAUGGGUGUGAUUGAGUGUUAUCUCCCAAUUUUGUAUAUUUCUCUCUUUUGCAGUGGGGGUGUAAGAUUUCAGCACCCCAUCAUUGUAAAUGCCACUUGUAUAAUAAUUUUACUUAUUGCUUUCUCAA